AUGUCAGAGUUCAUUGAGGGCCCUGUUACUCCACCUAUUGAGGCAGUCGAACUCAAGAAGUUCAAAUCUCGGAAAUCGUUAGUCAUGACCUGGUUGUUUAACUCUAUGAGAGCUGAUAUUCGCCAUACCUUUUUACUGCUUGAUACUCCACAUCAGAUUUGGACUACUGCAGCCCAGACCUAUUCUCAGCAAGGUAAUGAUGCACAGUGUUUUGAGUUGAGGAAGAGACUCCGUACAUUAGAGCAAAAUCAUCGUUCUGUUGCUGUGUAUUUUGCUGAUUUGAGUGGCACUUGGGGAGAAUUUGAUUAUUAUCAGGGCUUUCAGGCUCUUGAUCCGAUUAGAGUACAGGUGUUGGGUCGUAUUCCGUUUCCAUCCUUGGGAGAGGCCUAUUCUAUUGUUCAACAAGAGGAGAGUCGGAGGGGUGCUAUGUUGCAGCUUCCUACUUCUGAUCGUUCGGCCCUAAUUGCUACUCCUCAGGGUCAUUUUGGUUCUGUUAGUGGGCCUAUUCUCCAGGGUGGCAAGUCCCAAUCUGGUACUAUCAUCGGGCCUCCUGAUCGUGCGUCACUCCAGUGUGAUUAUUGCCACAACACUGGUCAUAUCAGGGAUUUUUGUUGGAAGCUACAUGGCAAACCCUCUCGUGGGCGUGGGGAUGGACGCGGUGGCCAUGGUCGUGAUCCAGUGCGUUCUCGGGCCCAGGCCCAUGUUUCGGAGUCUACAGUUGGCACAUUGCCUGAUUCUGGGUUCAGUACUGGAAUUCAGGCGUCAUCUGAUCAUGUUGGUGGUUUCUCUCAAGGGGAGAUACAAACUCUCAAGCGCCUUAUGGCUCAGGUUGAUUCUCCAUCUACUAUAGCUUCCUCUUCUACAGCAGCUCCUACUUCAUCCUAUUUUGCUCACAUAGGUAUCCCGAUUAAUGCAUUUACUGCCUCUUCUGCUAUCCCUUGGAUUAUUGAUUCUGGUGCCUCAGAUCAUAUGACUGGGUGUUCCUCUGUAUUUGAUUCUUACUCUACUUGUUCUGGUAAGGAUAAGGUCCGAAUAGCAGAUGGGUCAUUCUCUGCUAUCUCAGGGAAGGGUUCCAUUCGCUACUCUCCCUCUAUUUCUCUCUCUUCCGUUUUACAUAUUCCCAACUUUGCCACUAAUCUUAUGUCUGAACUGGACACGGGGAAGGUGAUUGGCAGUGGUAAAUCACAUGGUGGCCUCUAUUUUUUGGAGUCUGCACCUCGUUCACCCAUGUCAUGUGGUCUUGCUCUACAGGCAGAUACGAGUCCAGCUCUUACUAUGUUACAUCAGUGGCAUCUACUCAUGUCACCACUCUCCCACCGCGGGUGUUUGGUUGUGUGUGUUUUGUUCAUGCCCCUCAUCCCUCUGGGGGCAAGUUAG